CGGCGAGGAGCAGUCGCGGCGGCGGUAGUAGCAGAGCAUUAACUUCGUCUUUUUCAACGUGCGCGCGCAUCGCAUCAUUCUGCAGCGAACGGUACAGGAGUCUGUGUGUGGUGUGCCUACUACGUUUUUUAAGCAAUCAAGCUAUCGAGUGAGCAAUGGCUCGUACAAAGCAAACUGCCCGUAAGUCUACCGGAGGAAAAGCUCCCCGUAAGCAGCUUGCCACCAAGGCUGCCAGGAAAUCGGCGCCUUCCACCGGAGGUGUCAAGAAGCCCCACAGAUACAGGCCAGGAACCGUCGCUCUUCGUGAGAUCCGUCGUUACCAGAAAUCCACUGAGCUCCUGAUCCGCAAGCUCCCCUUCCAGCGUCUCGUCCGUGAGAUCGCGCAGGAUUUCAAAACCGAUCUCCGUUUCCAGAGCGCUGCCAUCGGUGCUCUGCAAGAAGCUUCCGAGGCCUACCUGGUCGGUCUCUUCGAAGACACAAACUUGUGCGCCAUCCACGCCAAGCGUGUCACAAUUAUGCCCAAGGAUAUCCAACUCGCCCGUAGGAUCCGUGGUGAACGCGCUUAAGUCUAUCGUCUACUCUAAAUACAUCUCAUAAUAAUAUACGAUUCCAUCCGCUCCGGAGUGGGGGUGGAUGACGAGCACGAAAUCCCUCAUACUCCAUCAACCGCGCGAAAAACCAAAAUAGAAAACGAUUCGGCGAAAACCAGAAUGCAACAUGUGAACCGCGAAUCAUCAGAAUUAUUGCUUAAACAUGAACCCAAUCUUUGUAAUCACAGAAUCUUUGUAAGCUGGAGCAUAUGGCAAAUCUUAACCCUUAGAUUAGACUUACGAUACUUAGACUUCGAGAGAAACCAUUCGUAAUGCUCAGGUCUAAUCUUGUCGUAUCUACUUAUUCUGAUAUAUUGACCAUUAUUCGUACUUCUUCCCCCCGAGCGGAGAGGGAGUCAAUCACUCCUUCUCUGCAGAAAUUCAUAGGCGAAAAAAUGAGAGCUUGCUGAGUUCAUUCUCGCUGGCGGGGGCACCCGAAGAUCUGGUACCCUUCUCAUCACAUUACAACAUACAAUUUUCUCAUGAGCCGCCCUGUACACUAUAUCAUUAUUGCUACCGUCCGGCUUGCGGUGGUCUAACUGGUGAACGAAGAAAUUCUUCAAUGGAAAACCAACCAAAAAUAGAAACCUCUACCGACAAUAUCGGUGACCCCACAGAAAACCCACGAGUACUAACGAUAGGCUAGAUAUACAAACAUAUACAUCAAUAUCCUGAGGAUUUUACUAACCGAUCAAUGGAUUCGAAUAAAUCAGAUGACCUCUGCGGUCAUUUCCAAAA